GACGUUGUCAAUUAUCAAAAUAAAGGUCUAGUGUUGGAUAUCGAGUGUUUGCAUACACUUAUAUCGGUAACGUGCGGUAAUAAGAAUGAUCUGUGAAAGAAAGGUUUGAAAGGACAGGUUUACUCGACGUCGAUGCUUCUAUUUUUGGAGUUAAUAACAAUGUAACUGAACAGAUAGUUAUAAACACACAAAAAAAUCAAAGCAACAACUAACACAUAACAAGACUGAGAUGACCGUUUCAAUGAAAUGAGGCAGGUUAGCUGAAACAAGCGAUAUGGUCGCUUCUAGUCGAUUCACGCCAACAUGGCCGACGAAGAAAAAAUACCUCCGACCUUCCUCGAAAAGUUGCUCUUCUACACGACUGCAAGCUUCGUACUCCUCGCCAUCUUCAGCCUCUUUGCCUUCCUCUUCUUAGUACCGUUUGUGAUAGAACCAGCCUUCACGACCAUAUUCAUGCAAUUCGAUCCAACCGCAGCGCUGUGUGUGACCUCACAAGUCAAACAUCUCGUCGGAGCCAGCAACUGCACCUGGGCGUCUUGCCGAGAGGGCUGCACCAAAGACCUUUUCGAAUGCACUCAAAUAAGAGUCAACUACAAACUCGGCAAUGAUACAAAUGUCACAUUGGCAGAUUUUGAAGAACUCGUUAGAGAAGAAAGAGCACUGAGGAAGGAUUACGAAUACGACAGCUUCGAUUCCACAGACGAACUACCCGACGUCUUACCAACCGGUCUCCAGGGCAGUGACUCCGAAUGGUAUUUCACGGGCGCUCGUCUGUUCCCAAACGUGAAAGGAUGCGGUUACCCGCCCAUUUUGAAUUGCACCAUCUUCUAUGGCAAAUACAGGCCUUUGGGCACCAACUACUCGUGCUACUACAGCAGAGUGGACCCUGGUUUGGUGAUCACGGAGUUAGAUAUGUGGCAGAACACGUUAAAUUUGGUGUAUGCGAUGGCUAUACCGAUCCCGUCGUUUAUAAUAUCGGUGAUAUAUCUAACGUUCGCGUACUUCAAGAUUUAUAAUACGGAGGAGGAAUCUGAGCAAGAGCCGUUGAAGAAUGAUGCGGAGGCGAUGGCGACGGGUGAUGAUGAGAAACCGACGACGCCAGGGUCGGAUACUUUCAGGGAAGACUUGGCUUGCUUCGGACAUCAGCUGAAGUUGCAGCUAGCGAACGAAAAGCCUAAGGAAGGCUUCGAGUCCAAUAGUCCACCAAUUUCCAAUUCGGCAUCUUUAUCUGGGACCAAGUCAUCAUUCGUGAACGCCUAAUCGUGAAUAACAGCUUUAAAUAAAAUAG